GUUGACACGAUACCUAUUCUACGUAAGUUAUUCCAUAGACCUGCCUCCAGGUCUAUGGUUAUUCAUACCACCAGGCCCCAGAUAUCUAAUAACUUGAUGCCUGUGGAAUUCCAAGACCGGUAGAACCAGAACAAGGCAAUCAUUUUUCUUAAAAGGUGCCAAUGUUUUUAAGACAACCAGCUGCUUUGACGUUGAAAACUGGUAACACAUUGUCUAGAGAGAAUCUGUUGAUUCUGUAUUUCAAGAGUAUGAAUUCCAAGGCAGCAUCAUCCUAUUUUCAAGGUGGAAAGAGAUUGACAAGAUCGCAGGCCAAACUCCUUGCAAGUCAGGAUCACCCAUCAGCAACUGCAUUUACCGAAGCAGUUGCCGAAAUAAGGAAACCCCAAAUAUCAAAAUUAAAGAGACCACACUUGCCAGUAAGGUACGAAUCUGCAGCAACAAGCCAGCUUCCUCCCCCGAAAAAAUCCUCAUCAAAUUCAGACGAUACAGACUCAAAGCCUGGAAGCUUAACACUCAAAUCUAAUUCCAAAGCAGGUGCAAAGGCAAAUAAUAAUGGUGCACCUGUGGCUCAACAAGACGAGGGUGACAAGGAAAUGAGUAAAACUGCAGUGUGGGAUCCGAGCCACUGGAGGGAGAUGCUGGAGUUGAUUAGAGAGAUGCGUAAGGAGAAAGACGCCCCUGUAGACUCCAUGGGAGCAGAGAAGAUAGGUGACCAUGAUGCAGAGCCAAAGGUAUAUCGUUACCACGUGUUACUGUCCUUACUGCUGUCCAGUCAGACCAAGGACCAGGUGACAUCGGCUGCCAUGAUGGCUCUCAGGAAUCACGGGUGCACUGUCGACAACAUCCUCAAGACCUCCGACAAGAAGCUUGGAGAACUGAUCUAUCCUGUUGGCUUUUGGAAAAAAAAGAUUGACUACAUCAAGCGCACCACCCAGAUCCUGAAGGACAAGUACAACAGGGAUAUCCCAGCCACGAUAGAGGAGCUGGUCAAACUGCCGGGCAUCGGCCCCAAGAUGGCGCACAUCAUCAUGGACGUGGGCUGGAACAAGGUGACGGGGAUCGGGGUGGAUACCCACGUCCACCGCAUUACCAACCGGCUGAAGUGGGUGCAGAAGCCCACAACGGCACCAGAGGAGACGCGCAAGGGCCUGGAGGGAUGGUUACCCAGGGAGUUGUGGAGCGAGGUCAACGUACUUCUGGUGGGAUUUGGUCAACAGACAUGCCUUCCCGUCAACCCCAAAUGCUCGGAGUGUCUCUGCAAGGACUUAUGCCCCUAUGGGAGGUCUGCCCUGCGAUACAAGAGCCCAAAGGGGAAGGAGUCGAGCCCCAGGAAGAAAUAAACCAGACAGGUCGGUCAGAGGACAGUAGCGGACAGUGCUUGUUAGCAUGGCCCUUGGUUACUGGACUGGAAAGCUGACCUCAUGGUUUGACAGGCAACAGCUUCCCAGGUUCUUCAAUUUCAUUGGUUGCUGUGCGGCAACAGUUUUGUUAUUCCUUGCCAUGAUUGGCUGAGUUGCCAUCUUCAAGCAGGCCACACAUGGCACACAGACACUUAUAGGGUAUCCCACCAUGGGGUCAUCUGGACUGAAGGAGCUGGCCAAUACCAGAUACAACAGCCAAAAGAAAUCAAUGACCAUGUUCGAGCCAGGACUAUAGUUGACCAUAGUUCAACCAAAGCUGUCUUAAAGAUGAUGGUUUGGGCCAUCUAGGCCAGGCCGUGAGGCAUGGUCGCAUCAGUAGCUGAUGUCGCUUAUCAGUUCGGAGGGAAACGUUCACAAGAAAAAAUUGUAUGUCUUUGACCAUGAGUGUUUCAAGAGUUAAAGAUGUCGAAAUUUGCCUGGUGAGACUGCAAUGCUCAAGCAUUUACUAGCGGUUGGACUAUAGUUUACACCCCCACAUGCCCCAAGGUAAAGCCAAAGUUAAAUUCAGUGGUUACCAACACAGGUUCUGUCUACAGCUCAUUCCUAACUGGUAGUCUUCCCACCCAUCUUCAAUGAUCUGUCCUUUUAUUUUUUUCUUUACACGAGUUGCUGAAACUUGAGACGUGCCAAGUCGAGAAAAAGUACAAUCAAAGCAAAUAUGCUUCAAGAAGUUUGCACUUUUUAUUUCAUUAACAAAGAUUAUUUACACCCAUUUGGCUUUUAAGACAAACACGAAUCCAUCCAGAAAAACAAAUGCAUUUUGCACUUGAUAUUUGUAAUCAUUGAAAAACCUUUCCAUAUCCUAUCUACAUGUAUAUUAAAGUAACAAAUAUCUGUAUUGUUUUAUAAGAAAACUGAUCAUAGAACUUAAAAUGAUACUAAUUUGCAUGAUGCAUUUCUGGUGUUGGUCAUUGCUUGCCUUUGUUUCUUUUUUUCAGGGCAGAAGAGAGCACAAAGCCAACUUAAUGACUGAUAUGGCAAAAUUAUACAGCUGCUCUUAUUUUCAUGACACUACCUUUAAUAUGCUAGCAACGGAUCACAUGUUCAUUUCACAGAUCCAUUAAGCAGAGAAUAGAGCAUAGAGGCCAAACUGCAACAGAACUGAUGCAGACUUCGGUGGAUCAGCGGUGUGAAAUAGGCUUCACACAAAUUUUCUGCUAACCAUCUAACACAAGAUGAAAUUCAACCCCAGUGUUAACCACUGGAAUUUGUGCACUCAAGCAUUUCUAAGGAAAUAACAAAUGUAAAUUUCAGUGAAGCUACACGACAAUGCUGAGCAGCACAGCGAAGGAAACAUCUGUUCAAUGUAAACAGAACAAAAACUUCACGGGGAUUAGGGAACACCAACAUCACAAGAAGGAAGAUGUCAGCUUACAAAUUAAAAAAAAGAUAUCAAGUCAACCACUUAUUAAAAAAACCACAUUACAACACGUUGCAUUUUUAACAUUUAACGUAAAAGCGUGGAAAAUUAAUUAAAACUUCACGUCACCCUUUCACAUCCUCUGUCCAUGUAUAAUGCACACAUAAAGGCAUUACUUGUCUGUAUAACAGGUUUACAUGACAAAUUUAUAAAACAUGUCAGCUUUUGAAUGUUGGUCCAUAUGCUAGGGCAAAACAGAAAGCAGUGCAGAUAUCAUGACAUCAUCAGUUAUGACUGUCAAGGUGACAUUCACCAUUUCCUGAGAUGGCUUUUCUUUCAAUUUCCAGAGAGGUAUUUUAAAAAGGGCUGCACUUCUGACAAGCGAAUAUGGACACAAGUUCUUCUUUUGAAAAUAAUCCUCAAACAUCCGGGAUAGGGGUGAGGCGGCAAGGUUCUUCUGUCCGUUUUUCUCCAGUAUCACGGCAGUGCGUUUAUGGUCUUCACAGUUUUUGUGGUGCACAUUUCUAGAUGAAAAGUCAGCCACAUACACCUAAAAUCUAAAUAGUAUCAAAAAGCAUGAUGAAAUACACCUGUCGCGUUUAAAGUCAUCUAUGUGUUUUGAA